AUGGCUGCCACAAAGCAUCUACCAGAUGAUAUUGUCUUCAUCAUUCUAUCAAAACUUCCUAUUAAAUCAUUUAAACGAUUUGAAUGUGUGCGUAAAUCAUGGUCUCUCUUGAUUGAAAACACUGAUUUCAUGAACAUGUUCCGCGACAAUUUUUUAUCUAACUUGCAUUGUUGUUCUUAUUAUGACCAAGCAUCUCUCUUCAUGCUGGUUCAUGGACGUCAUGACGAAUUUUUCUAUUCUUUUUCAGGAGAAAAGUUGGAGAGUAAAGUCAGAUUAGAUAUAUCAAAUCCAUUUGUAAACCAAGAGGAAGAGGUUUUCGUCGGAGAUAUUUCUAUUUUUGGUUUUGGUAGUAUUAAUGGCACAUUUUGUCUCUCUGGAUAUGGAUCUCACAAAAUUGUAUUAUGGAAUCCAAGUAGAGACGAAUUCAACCGCAUUCCUCCUAGUCCGGCUGAGUCCAUUCUCCCCGAGGCUGCUAGGGGUAUUUGUGAUGUCACGCCUUAUAUUCAUGGAUUUGGUUAUGAUCAUAGUACAUGUGAUUAUAAGGUCAUUCGUUGUGUAUUCUUUGUCGGUAGACAUGAAGAAGAAUGGGAUUAUGUGCCGGAAGGAGAUGUAUUUGGGGAUACAUGUUUAGACCCGGUAUGGGAGAUAUAUAGCUUGAAAAGUAAUUCCUGGAGAAAACUUGAUCUUGACAUACCGCAAUCUGUUAUGGGAACUGAGGACGCGCGACUCUACAUGGAUGGAGUGUGUCAUUGGCUGUGUCAAUAUCAUAGUCCACUUGCACCGUGUUUGGUAUCAUUUGACGUAAGCAGUGAAGAGUUUUUUGUAACAUCAAUACCGGAUGAUUGUUUUGUUGUUGGAGCAUCAUAUGUAUACUUGGCGAUGUUAAAUGGAUACAUAGCAUCUUUCCGGGAGACAAGAGGUAUUUUUCACAUAUCAAUAUUGGGUGAACUCGGUAGAAAAGAAUCAUGGAUCACACUCUUUGUUGUUGGACCAUUGUCUGUUCUAAGUUCUAUUGGAGUGGGGACCAAGGGAGAAAUAUUCUUCCGGACUAAAGAUCGAAGAGUUGCUUUGUAUGAUUUGCGUACCCAAAUGAUUGAGAAGCUUGAUUAUGAAGAAGAGGCCUGUAGUUUUCCUAGUCGGGUAAUAGUUUACAAGGAAGGUUAAAUCACAAAUGAAAUCU